UACACUUUAGAUAGUCAGACUUACAAAUACGUUUUAGAAUCUCAACUUCUUAUAACGCAUUUAAUCACUUAAUAUAACUAUAUUUUAUGAUUAUUAGCAAAGUAAUUGAUAAUUUUUGUUUUAUGAAAAGUGUCUGUCAAACAUAAUGGUAUUUCUAAAUAUUAACACCUAUCUUUUACCAAUAAAAGUGCAUUAUUUUCUUUAUGAUGCAGGUAAUUCUCCUAUCACCCCGUUUUUGUCGACUAUUGCAAAACAACGAGGCUAUUCUUCAUCAAUUGUUGGUGACAUCAUAACGAUUUUUAUGCUAUUAAAUGUAGUAGUCAAACCACUCACCGGCUUCGUUACUGAUAAAUGGAAAUGUCGGAAAACAGUAUUUUUAGGUGCAAUAUUACUCAACGGAUUAAUAACACCCACUUUGUACCUCAUACCUGAUGCAACGUCCACAACGGGUGAAAUACCUAACUCGGAAGUAUUUUGUACCUGGACGUUUUGGCUGUUCACAACAAUAGUCAUACUAAGGAUGAUACUUUGUAUGAUUGGUGAAGUUCUUCAGGAAACGAUCUGUAUGCAAAUUCUAGACGGAGAUACGAAAAAAUUUGGAGAACAAAGACUAUGGGGAGCCGUUGGAUGCGGUGUUACGUCAAUUAUAGCGGGAUGUAUAAUUGACUGGUACAGCAAGGGCCAAGAACAUAAAAACCAUCUACCAGGAUAUUUGCUUUCAAUGAUCAUAUUUUUCGUUGAUUUUAUGAUAGCACGAAAAUUAAAGGUACCCGAAAGCGAUGGAUCAACAGAAAAUAUCCUUAAAGAUGUCAAAAAAGUAAUAAAUAGCGCCAAAGUAUGCGUGUUUCUAGUUUGGGCAGUAGCCGGUGGUAUUUUUUGCGCGUACAUUUGGUUUUACUUUAUCUGGUACGUUGAUGAUUUAGCAACUAUUUACCAUCCAGAACGAAAGUCUGUGUUGCAUACAAUCAAAGGGCUAUCCCUUACGAUCGAAUGUUUAGGAGGCGAAGUUCCGUUUUUUUAUUUAUCUGGUUACCUCCUUAAACAUACUGGUCAUAUGAAUGGAUUCUCAUUAUCAUUUGCUUUGUUUGCAUGUCGAUUUUUAUUAUACUCCGUCAUAAGAGAUCCGUUAUGGGUGCUGCCAGUGGAAACAUUAAAUGGUGUUACAUUUGGAUUGAGUUACAUCGCAGGAGUGUCUUAUGCUGCAAAAAUAGCUCCAACUGGAAGUGAAGGUACACUUCAAGGACUUUUUUCUAUGGCAUUUCAUGGAUUUGGAGCGUCUUUAGGAGCAGCAAUUGCCGGUUAUACAUUUGACAACCUGGGUAGCAUUAUGGCGUUUAGACUAAUCGGAAUAAUUGCAAUUAUUACAUGCAUUAUUCAAAUUAUUAUAAAUUAUUUUAUUAAUAAAAAUAAAAAACCAAAUCAAUAGAAAAAUUAAAUGGUUAUUUAGAUUUGCAUUAUACAAAACGUUAUCUAAAAAAAAAUAUCCAUUCCAAAAAUAGUACUAAGCUCAAAAUAUAUAUACAGAUUAAAAAUUAAAAUUAAAACUAAAUAGAACCCACUUCAACAGAAUUAUAUAGAUACGUGAACUUAAAGAAAAAAUGACAUAAGAAAUAUAAAAUCGCUUUAAUUAAUAAAUAUUAUUAAAAGUACUUUCUAGUGUGCCCAAAAAUUUGGCAAACACUAAUAUUAAAUGUAAAUGAAGUGUCAUUGAAUAUUUACCAAAUUUUAAACAAGUAUAAAUCCCCAUUCAAGUAAAAUGACAAAAUUUUUUAUCAAUUUAUUACCUACAUCUAUUAUGUACUUCAUACAUAUUAACAAACACAGACCCAUCCAAAAGAUAUUUAAAUGUUAUAUAUUUAGCAUACAUGUGUCUUUAAUUUAUCAAAUAAGUGACAUAAUAUUACAAAGAUCACUUUUAAGUAAAACACUACUGAGCUACUACAGAAAGUUUUUAAUUUUUAUUAACAGACAAAUCAUUUGAUCCA